CGAGCCAUCGUUAAAACUGAAACAUAGAAAACCCCAGCUUUCCGUCUUCAUCUCUCUCAAAUUCUCAGAGGGACACACUCGCCGACAGUAAUGGGGAAAGCCGAUAAAGAGCGGCUCAUUCGAACUCUCAAUUCGCAUCUGAACACCAUCCAUGAAACUUUUCAGAUGUUGGAUCAAAACCCAUCGUCUUCCCUUGAAAAGGUGAGCUGGGAGGAUGUUCUAAAAAUGGGCGACCGAGUCUACAAGCAGGCGACUGUUGCUGGAAUGGUGUGGACUGGAGAAAGACUAGAAGUUAAAGCAAUUGAGGAAAAUAUGGCAUCUUAUUUCAAUAUGCUGCAGGGUUUCCUCCUGAUUUCCCAUGGGAGUAAAGUGGGUGCUGGCCCUACUUUGUCUUCUGUUAUCCAUGCAUCUGUGAAGCAAGUAAUUGAUUCCAGUUUUAGGUUAUGGAAGGAAUCCGUCUCUUUAUACGGACCACGGAAUAAUGAGAAUCAAAACCAAGUAGUUCCGCAGUUGGUUGGGGCGGUUUGGGAAGCUUGCUCUGCUCUUAAGAAAGCUCCUUCCACAAAUAUAACUGCGAUUGGCCGAGCAAUAACCCAGGUAGCUGUAUCAGUGAAGGAUGUCCUUCGAGAAAUGAAAGAGCUUAAACAAGGACCCUCUGACUUGGACGAAGCUCCUGAAGAAUCUUCUAACGAAGUCGAAGGCAAUUCACGAGAUGAAGGUAAUUCAAGCGAUGAUGCCGAUCUAGGUAACGAUUUGUCAGUCGAAGAGAUGAAGGUUGCUCAAUCUGCUAUUAGCGUUGUAUCUUCAAUACUUCUAGUUAUAAAAGAACUCAUUCGUUCUAUCACAAGUUUGCUUAAGCUGGAAAAUGUAAACAAGGAAAGUAACUUAGCAUCCUUGGAGAAUCUAUUGAAGCUAUGCCAAGGAAUUGGAGUGCAGGUUGACGAACUUGGAGCUUGUCUUUACCCCCCACAAGAGGCCCCUGCCAUUGAAGUAGCUUCUGAGAAAAUUUCUAGCCUUCUUGAUAACAUGAAGGCAGAGUUGGGAAGUCUUAAUGGUAAUUCAGAAGGCUUUCUUCAGGCAUGCAACAAUCUCCGAGAUUUGUUGAAGCAGCUCGAGAUUGAAAUAGGUGUCUCCACAUCUACUGAUAUAGAAAGUAGAAUGCAGAAUGUAACUUUAAGCGACUGAAAGAGAUUGUCUAAUCUGAUGUAUUUCCGGCCUCAUAACUUAUUUUUUAUUAUGUGGAUAGCCAUAUUUACAUCCAGUUUUGUUACCAUAGCUCUAGUUCUUGUCAUGAAAGAAACCAAACUACCUAUCAUUGUGUACUCAAAAGAAAAUUCCCUAAUUUAGAACGAUCCAUAGAACAAAUAUACCUUUC